GCGUGGGCUGAGGCCCUGGGCGGGCGUUGCGAAGGCUCGCUUCCUUCAGUCCGGUACCCGCCGCGGGCCGGAGUUCCCUUCCUCGGGGACAAGGAGGUGCAGACCCUCUACCUAGGGUGAAUGCACUGUCGCAUGUGCUUCUGAGGGUAGGCUGGGGAGCUCGGGGCCGGGGGCCGCGACCAUGAACUCACCCGUGGACCCCGGCGCUAGGCAAGCGCUGAAGAAGAAACCGCCGGAGCGGACCCCUGAGGACUUAAACACCAUUUAUUCUUAUCUUCAUGGAAUGGAAAUAUUAUCAAACCUCAGGGAACAUCAGCUUAGAUUAAUGUCUGCAAGAGCACGCUAUGAGAGAUACAGUGGCAAUCAGAUUCUUUUUUGCUCAGAAACUAUUGCCAGAUGUUGGUAUAUCCUGCUUUCUGGAUCUGUGCUCAUGAAAGACUCCAUGGUCUUGCCUCCAUGCAGUUUUGGUAAGCAGUUUGGAGGAAAAAGAGGAUGUGAUUGUCUUGUAUUAGAGCCUUCAGAAAUGAUUGUGGUAGAGAAUUCCAAAGAUAAUGAAGAUAAUAUUCUCCAAAGAGAAAUUCCGGCCAGACAAUCUCGACGAAGGUUCCGGAAAAUUAACCAUAAAGGAGAGCGCCAAACCAUUACUGAUGAUGUGGACAUUAACAGCUACCUUUCUCUUCCAGCCGAUCUUACGAAGAUGCACAUUACAGACAGCCCUCAUCCACAGGUGACUCAUGUGUCUUCUAGUCAGUCUGGUUGUAGCAUCGCUAGUGACUCUGGGAGCAGCAGUUUAUCCGAUAUCUAUCAGGCUACAGAAAGUGAGGUAGGAGAUGUAGAUUUAACACGUCUUCCUGAAGGACCUGUUGAUUCAGAAGAUGAAGAGGAGGAAGAUGAAGAAAUUGACCGAACAGAUCCACUGCACGGGCGAGAUCUUGUUCGUGAAUGUCUUGAAAAAGAACCUGCAGACAAAACUGAUGAUGACAUUGAGCAGUUACUGGAGUUCAUGCAUCAGCUCCCUGCUUUUGCCAACAUGACCAUGAGCGUGAGGAGAGAACUCUGCUCGGUGAUGAUUUUUGAAGUGGUAGAGCAGGCUGGAGCUGUUAUUCUUGAAGAUGGACAAGAGCUUGACUCAUGGUAUGUUAUUUUAAAUGGCACUGUAGAAAUCAGCCAUUCAGAUGGAAAAGUUGAAAAUCUCUUUAUGGGAAAUAGUUUUGGAAUUACUCCUACUCUGGAUAAGCAGUACAUGAAUGGAAUUGUUAGGACCAAAGUAGAUGACUGUCAGUUUGUCUGCAUAGCCCAGCAGGAUUAUUGGAGAAUUUUAAAUCAUGUGGAAAAAAAUACCCAUAAAGUUGAGGAAGAGGGAGAAAUUGUUAUGGUGCAUGAACACCGUGAACUAGACCGGAGCGGAACCAGGAAAGGACACAUUGUAAUCAAGGCAACGCCUGAGCGUCUCAUCAUGCAUUUGAUAGAAGAGCAUUCCAUUGUGGACCCAACUUACAUAGAAGAUUUUCUAUUAACUUAUAGGACAUUUCUUGAAAGCCCUUUGGAUGUUGGGAUCAAACUUUUGGAAUGGUUUAAAAUUGACAGCUUAAGGGAUAAGGUAACACGGAUUGUAUUAUUAUGGGUAAAUAACCACUUUAAUGAUUUUGAAGGUGAUCCUGCUAUGACUCGAUUUCUGGAGGAAUUUGAAAAAAACCUGGAAGAUACAAAAAUGAAUGGUCAUCUCCGGUUAUUGAAUAUCGCGUGUGCUGCAAAGGCCAAGUGGAGACAGGUUGUGCUGCAGAAGGCCUCCCGGGAGUCCCCUCUGCAUUUCAGCCUUAAUGGAGGGAGUGAGAAGGGAUUUGGUAUUUUUGUCGAAGGAGUAGAACCUGGUAGCAAAGCUGCUGACGCCGGACUGAAACGUGGGGAUCAGAUAAUGGAAGUAAAUGGACAAAACUUUGAGAAUAUUACAUUUGUGAAGGCCCUUGAAAUUUUAAGGAAUAAUACUCACCUUGCACUUACUGUAAAGACCAACAUUUUUGUAUUCAAAGAGCUGCUUAGUAGGACUGAACAAGAAAAAUCUGGUGUUCCUCAUAUUCCCAAAAUUGCUGAAAAAAGAAGUAAUCGCCAUUCAAUCCAGGAUGUACCAGGAGAUAUUGAGCAGAUGCCACAGGAGAAGGGACAUAAGAAAGUAAAAGCAAAUACUGUUUCAGGUGGAAGAAACAAAAUCAGGAAAAUUUUGGAUAAAACACGAUUUAGUAUCUUGCCUCCCAAACUCUUUAGUGAUGGAGGCCUGAGCCAGUCCCAAGACGACAGCAUUGUGGGAACGAGGCACUGUAGACACAGUCUGGCCAUCAUGCCCAUCCCUGGCACACUGUCAUCCAGCAGCCCGGACCUCCUGCAGCCAACCACCAGCAUGCUGGAUUUUUCCAAUCCUUCAGCUUCUGGGUUUUACUAUAUUCCUGAUCAAGUUAUACGAGUUUUCAAAGCAGAUCAACAAAGUUGCUAUAUUAUCAUCAGUAAAGACACUACAGCUAAAGAAGUUGUUUGUCACGCUGUUCAUGAAUUUGGUUUGACCGGUGCAUCCGACACAUAUUCUCUCUGUGAAGUGUCUGUUACUCCUGAGGGUGUCAUAAAACAGAGGAGACUUCCGGACCAAUUUUCCAAAUUAGCUGAUAGAAUUCAGCUAAAUGGAAGGUAUUAUUUAAAAAACAACAUGGAAACAGAAACCUUGUGUUCGGAUGAAGAUGCGCAGGAACUUGUUAAGGAGAGCCAGCUCUCCAUGCUGCAGCUCAGUACCAUUGAGCUGGCUGCCCAGCUCUCAAUGAGGGACUUUGAUUUGUUUCGUAAUAUUGAGCCUACUGAAUACAUUGAUGACCUUUUUAAGUUAGAGUCCAAAUCAGGAAAUACUCACUUGAAAGAGUUUGAGGACAUUGUAAACCAAGAGACAUUCUGGGUUGCCUCAGAAGUUUUAACUGAGUCAAAUCAGCUUAAACGAAUGAAGAUUAUUAAGCAUUUUAUUAAAAUUGCACUUCACUGUCGUGAGUGUAAGAACUUCAAUUCCAUGUUUGCAAUAAUAAGUGGCUUGAACCUGGCGUCUGUAGCACGACUCAGAGGUACUUGGGAAAAGUUACCGAGCAAGUAUGAGAAACACCUGCAAGAUCUCCAAGACCUUUUUGAUCCAUCUAGAAACAUGGCAAAGUAUAGAAAUAUUCUUAGUAGUCAAAGCAUGCAGCCUCCAAUUAUUCCACUCUUCCCUGUUGUCAAGAAAGAUAUGACAUUUCUACAUGAAGGAAAUGACUCCAAGGUAGAUGGUUUAGUAAAUUUUGAGAAGCUAAGAAUGAUUGCCAAGGAAAUCCGUCAAGUUGUUCGAAUGACUUCUGCUAACAUGGACCCAGCUAUGAUGUUCCGACAGAGGAAGAAGAGGUGGCGGAGUCUGGGGUCGCUGAGUCAAGGUAGCACAAACUCAAACAUGCUGGAUGUUCAGGGAGGUGCUCACAAGAAAAGAGCACGCCGGAGUUCUCUGCUUAAUGCUAAGAAGCUCUAUGAGGAUGCCCAGAUGGCGAGGAAAGUGAAGCAGUACCUCUCUGGUCUGGAUGUGGAGACAGACGAGGAGAAGUUUCAGAUGAUGUCAUUGCAGUUGGAGCCUGCAUAUGGUACCUUGACCAAAAAUUUGACUGAGAAAAGAUUGGCCAAAUCAGCAGAAAUGUCUCCAGUGCCACUGAGGUCAGCUGGACAAACAGCCAAAGCCCAUUUGCAUCAGCCCCACAGAGUAAGCCAGGUGCUUCAAGUGCCAGCUGUUAAUUUGCACCCCACCAGGAAGAAGGGACAAUCAAAAGACGCUGCCACACUGAGUAUUGGUUUACCUCAGAAAGUUUUAGGAACAGCUGAAGAAAUAAGUGGUAAGAAACAUACCGAAGACACUAUGUCUGUGGCAUCAUCCUUACAUUCGAGUCCUCCUGGGUCCCCUCACGGCUCCCCACGCAAAGGUUAUACACUUGUACCAUCAGCUAAAUCUGACAACCUGUCUGACUCCAGCCACAGUGAGAUUUCUUCCCGGUCCAGUAUUGUGAGCAAUUGUUCCGUCGACUCCAUGUCUGCAGCUCUGCAGGAUGAACGGUGUCCCUCCCAAGCGGUCGCGGUUCCUGAGUCCACUGGGGUGUUGGACAAGACAGAGCACUCCUCAGGGACAGGAGACCACAGCCACCCUGGCCCCGGGUGGACACUGUCAAAGCCAUCUCUAAUCAAGAGCUUAGCUGUCUCUUCUUCUGUGAGCAGCGAAGAGAUUUCUCAUGAGCACAUCAUUAUAGAAGCAGCAGAUAGUGGUCGUGGAAGUUGGACUUCCUGUUCAAGCAGUUCCCAUGACAACUUCCAAAGCCUUCCAAACCCAAAAGGCUGGGACUUUUUGAACUCCUAUCGACAUACCCAUUUGGACGGCCCCAUUGCUGAAGUUGAAACCACUGACUGUGAGCCCUAUUCCUGUCCUAAAGGCUGCCCCAGAACUUGUGGCCAGUGUAAAGGAAGCCUAGAGACCAAUCAGAUGAGACCGAGUUGGGCCUCCUCCAGUUCUCUGUCUGACACGCACGAACCAAACUAUGGGACAGUGAAGCGGAGAGCGCUGGAGAAUGCCCCCGCUGAGCCAUCCGAAGGCUUAGACCUGAAGGAUGGCACGGACGCAGUAUAUAAAACUGUUACUUCCAGUACAGAAAAGGGCUUGAUUGUGUACUGUGUCACCUCCCCCAAGAAGGAGGAUAGGUUUAGGGAGCCACCUCCCACUCCUCCGGGAUACAUGGGGAUUUCUUUAGCGGACCUAAAGGAAGGACCCCACCUACACCUCAAACCUCCCGAUUACAGUGUGGCAGUGCAGAGGUCAAGGAUGAUGCACAACAGCCUGUCUAGACUGCCACCAGCUUCCCUCAGCAGCAGGCCCACGGCCUGUGUUCCGUCAAGGAUUGUAGCACAGCCUCAGAAGCAUGACUUGCAGCCGUCCCGUCCGACACUAGCAGACGUGGCUGACGCAGAUAGUGAAGCAGAUGAAAAUGAACAGGUUUCAGCAGUCUAGCUGGAAGUCAUGGAGGAAGGAGCUGGCAGAGCCACCCACGCUCCCCAGGCCGUUCAGCAAACAGCUGGCUGCUCUGCGCACCCACAGGUUUCACGCCCUGUGCCCUGAGCAACGCUGAGCUUUGGGUCAUGCCUCUGCGCAUUGAUCCUGCCACGCAGCCGCCUCCGCUAUGGAUGCUGUGCCUGGACAUGUCUUCACUGUGCACACCAGACCUGCCUUGGGACCAUAGUUACUAGAACAAAUCCAAACACAGAGUCCUCUACAUGUGUAAUAUGCCGCUAUAGAUUUUUUCUUUAACAUGUUAUUUUUAAGAUAGUAGUAGUAUUUCCAAGCCAUAGCUUGGGCUAACGGACAAAUUCAAAAUUGUCUGCCAAUACCGGGGAUGUUUGUAUGUAUUUGAAAAGUAACUUAUUAUUUGAAAUUUGGAGGUUUUGUUUGUAUUUAGGAGCUCUCAUUAGCUGGUGUUUAUGCUUGAGGCCAAACAGAAGUCAGCUUUACAGAACGAUAUGCUUGGUCCCCGCAGACCGUGAGCGACCCGCUGCACCAGUAGGGCUGUGCCUCAGUGUGAGGGGGAGAGGAGGCCCUUCGCGGCUGAGGUGUUGGGAAGGAAAAGAUUCCCACCUGCUGGGCCCUAUUUGGAAGGCCAGGUGAAGCUGCCACAGGGUUUCUUGUCAGCCUUUGGGGCAGGGAGGUGGCAAUUAUGAGUUCCAAAAAAUGAAAUUUUCAUGUUAAAUAACAUGUAUCCCAAUUCUUUUGAACUGAAAGUCACACUGCAUCUAACUAGCUACAAGUAUAAACCCAGUCAAUAGAGAAUGGGUUCUAGAGCAUUCUACUCUGUAGAAACCCAGAACUAAAAUGUUCUCAACUCAGAUAUGGAGUUCUUUUUUUAAAGGAAGUGUGGUCAUCUCUGGUGUUAUCAUGAAGGUGAUUUUAGCUUUGGGCGGUGUCCUGCCGUCCAGUCCCUGCCCACCAGGCUGCUGCGGAAAAGCUCAUUGCUCAUCAGGGUCAAAAGUCAGUUCAAAUUGUGUGGGAGAGGAGGAGCGAGGAUCAUGGAAAUGGUUCUCUCUUGGUUCCAAUCUCACCCCUGAGAGGAAGUAUAUUUUUU